AUGUCCAAGGUUAUGCGAAGCGUCAAGAAUGUGACCAAGGGGUACUCCAGCGUCCAGGUCAAGGUCAGAGAAGCCACCAGUAACGAUCCAUGGGGCCCGACCGGAACCCAGAUGAGCGAAAUCGCCCAGCUCACGUACAACACAUCGACCGAGUUCUAUGAGAUUAUGGACAUGCUCGACAAGCGAUUGAACGACAAGGGAAAGAACUGGAGGCACGUCCUGAAAGCUCUGAAGGUUUUGGAUUACUGUCUGCAUGAGGGUUCCGAGCUCGUCGUUACGUGGGCGAGGCAGAGUAUUUACAUCAUCAAGACGUUGCGCGAGUUCCAGUACGUUGACGAAGAUGGCAGAGAUGUCGGCCAGAACGUGCGUGUUGCCGCCAAAGAACUGACAGCCCUUAUAUUGGACGAGGAGAGGCUACGGGCCGAGAGAAGCGACCGCAAGUCAUGGAAGUCUCGUGUCACUGGCCUCGAAGAGUACGCACCCCAGCACACCAGCCCUACUCAGCCGCGCGUCCGCCGCCGGAUGAGCAACGAGGACGACACCGAGUACAGACUCGCAAUAGAGGCUAGCAAGCAGCAGGAAGAAGAGGAUCGCCGGAAAAGAGCGAGCCGCGCUGCCCACGAAACCGAAGAUGACGAUCUUGCCAAGGCCAUUAAGCUGAGCAAGGAGGAGGAUGAGCGACGCCGUCGAGAGAUGGAGGAUAACAACGCUUCGCUGCUCUUCGACGACACUCCCGUCCAGACAACGCAACCCCAGUAUACCGGUUUCAAUCAAGGUUAUCAGCAAGGAAGUGCUGUCGACUUCUUUGCUAAUCCCAUCGACCAAAACCAGAUGCAGCCUCAACCCACUGGUUUCAUGCCCAACGCCUACACGGGAUACCAGCAGCAGCCGCAAGCUACCGGGUUCCCCAACGGCUACGGUGGCGGCGGCUUUGGAAUGCAACCAAACAUGACUGAUCCCUACGGACAACAGCAGCAGCAGCAGCAGGGCUUCCAACCACAGCCGACCGGCUACAACCCCUACGCCCAGGCACAGGUUCAGAGCCCCGUCCCCCAGGAGCCCGUUGCGCAGCCUGGAAGCAACAACCCGUGGUCUACAGGAUCGAUGAAGCAGGGAACCCCAAUGAAGCCCAUGCAGACAGGCUCCAACAACCCUUUCGCAUCGUCGUUCGGCCGGCCGCAGCCCCAGAGUCAGCCUUCCAUGCCAGCACUUGGCGCUCUUCCCGAGCAAAAAACACUGUCUACCUUCAGUCAACCCAGCUACAACCAACCUAGCUUCAAUCAACCUAGCUUCAACCAGCUCCAGGCAACUCCCAACCAAGGUACAAAUGCCUUUGGCACCCCGCAGAAGGAGCUUACAGAGCACGAGGCCAAAUUGAAUGCUCUGCUUGCCGGGGGAGAUGGCAUGGACACAUUCGGCAACACAGGGCAAACGCGUAUCCCUGCGCAGCACACGGCUCCUGGGACGUUUGUCAACAGUGCUGGCACAGGGGCUCAGCGCCUUACGGCGGAGGCGACCGGGAACAACCCGUUCCUCCGAUCGCAGUACACAGGCAUGCCCAACAUUUCAUAUGGAGGUGCGCAAAUGCCUGCUGCGACAGGUCCUGCUGGCAUCAAUGGCAGCAACAAUCCGUUUGCGGUGACGAGACCACAGCAGCAGAACGCUCAGCCGCAAGACCUCAUUCAAUUUUAG